AGCGUUCUGCUCCUGUUAGCUUCAGAUGAACCGCGGAUUAGCGGCAGGAAUUGUGUUGAAUUUGUGUGGAAGGUUAAAUGGACCGAACACGAAAUGUUUGCCAAAGAAAUAGUUUAAGUCGUGAGACUCAAUGAGCUAGCUAGCAACCUGCUAACGGUUAAAAGGCUGGCUAGUUAAGCUAGCUAAGCUAGUUAUGAAGCAGGUCAGGAUGACGGCGGGAGCCGUGGUGUCGGUGAUCCUGGCCAUCGGAGGCGCCGCGCUCUUUUCCUCCGUUCACAAGAUCGAAGAAGGACACACGGCUGUUUACUACAGAGGUGGAGCUCUGCUGACGGCCACCAGCGGCCCGGGUUUUCACCUCAUGCUGCCCUUCAUCACCACCUACAAGUCCGUACAGACCACACUUCAGACAGAUGAAGUGAAAAACGUUCCUUGUGGCACAAGUGGUGGAGUGAUGAUCCAUUUCGAUCGGAUAGAAGUGGUGAACUACCUCAUACCCUCAGCUGUGUAUGGUAUUGUGAGGAACUACACGGUGGACUACGACAAAGCUCUGAUCUUCAACAAAGUGCACCAUGAGCUGAACCAGUUCUGCAGCGUACACACACUUCAGGAGGUUUACAUCGGCCUGUUCGAUCAGAUUGAUGAGAAUCUGAAGCUCACCCUGCAGGAGGAUCUGACCCACAUGGCUCCCGGUCUCAUCAUUCAGGCUGUUCGUGUCACUAAACCCAACAUCCCCGAGGCAAUCCGCAGAAACUAUGAGCUCAUGGAAACGGAGCGAACCAAGCUGCUGAUUGCCGCACAGACUCAGAAGGUGGUGGAGAAGGAGGCGGAGACUGAGAGGAAACGAGCUGUGAUUGAGGCAGAGAAGAUUGCUCAAGUGUCCGAGAUCAAAUUUGGACAGAAAGUGAUGGAGAAGGAGACGGAGAAAAAGAUAUCAGAAAUUGAGGACAGCGCGUUUCUCGCUCGGCAGAAAGCUAAAGCAGAUGCUGAGUUUUACACGGCGCAGAGAGCAGCUGAAGCUAAUAAGAUGAAGCUGACUCCCGAAUACCUGCAGAUGAUGAAAUACAAAGCGAUAGCAGCUAACAGUAAGAUCUACUUCGGCAGCGAGAUCCCCCGCAUGUUCCUCGACUCCAGGAGCACGUCCAAACCCAUGGACCUUCUCUCUGAGGACGUCCUGAACAUGGACUGACAGUGACGAGACGCUGAGAGAGUUCCUCCCGCUCUCUCACGCUGGGAAACAGGUAUCAUAGUGGAACUACAGACGAGGCAGCGCUAACGUUUCUGCUCUCGGUGUGGGCCUCUCAUGACGUCCUGGGGUUUUUCUGGCCGUGUUUUGCCAAGAACACACACAGAUCUGUGUUUAAAACUGAGCUUGGUGACCUUUUUCUGACAUCUUAAUAACAACGAAGCCUCAAGCCGGACAGAAGGAUGUUCACUGGCCAGAAAAUAUCAUUUUUAUUCUAAUCAAGAAUACUCUGAGACAGAUCUAUGGGAGAAAAAGUGCACUGAUUUCGGCAAAUUUUUUAGGCAAGCAGAGACAUCUCCAAACUGAGAUACAGAUAUCAAGGUGGAACAUUUUUUUGUAUGUUUGUUUUCUUUUCUUUUUUUUUUUUUUUUUUAAUUUUUUUCUGGCUUUAUUAUUAUGGCUGAAUCCUUGCCAGUGUGUUAAAGGAAGACUCCCACAUUUUUCCGUCUUGUGUCUCUCCACUGCAUUACCACAGACAAGAAUAGAAGUCUAAAAUAUGACUUAGUGUCUCUAAGGAUGAGACGGUUAUGUGAGAAAGUCUUAGCAGAAGAAAGUCUUCUUUAGUUUCCCAACACCGGAGCAAAAGAAUAAAAAGUCAUUCUGGUUACUUUACACGUUCCUGAGGGUUUUAUCCUGUCUGUACGCCGGAUAUGAAUCGGAGCCGGAUGAUCCGGUUACGUAUCCCACCGGGGUGAGCGGUGAGAAGACAAAUACAUCACGAUACUUUUGAAUAUUUCAGAAGUAUCAUGAUAUAUAAGUCUUCUAGCAAGCUGCCAGCAAAAGUCAUGCUGCAAUUAUAUAGAUAUAAAUAUAAUUUGACAGGUGAACAAUCAAAAACCAACACAUUCUGUAAAAAAAGUACAUUUUAGUAUUCACUGCAAAACCUUGUACAUUUUUGAAUUCGUAAAACUUUGAAUUUGUAAUUGUUUGGAAUUGUGGAGAAAAAAAAAAAGUGUCAAGUGUGUUGGGAGAUUGAGAGAUUUCUCUAAUAACUGCUAAUCCUUUAUUUAAAAAAAUUCCAGGAAGGUGUUUAUGUAGAGAUUUGAAGCUUUUCUAACACCUUUGUCUGAAGAAUUCAUUAAAACGUUUUUACAAACGUACAGGACUUGCUUUCGACUCAUGCGAUAUUGAUUUUUCUCUGAUUGGGAUUUUCCUUUUUUUUUUAAAACAAAAAAAAAAAUCGAUUUAAUUGUCCAGAACACAUUAAAAAAACUAAACAAUGAUGAAAUAGCGUGAUAUUUCUAAUUCGAUUGUGAAUGUUACACAGACUUUAACACAAGACCGUGUAGCGGAGCAGUGCGAGUUUUAUUUGCAGAAGGUUUGCUUUUAGCCUCUAAAAGCCGCGCUCCUGAGCUUUUUUCUCAGUCGGACUCGUAAUGAAUUGCCUUUAGCACCACCUGAGAUUUCAAGCAGGCUAGCUUUACGUGAAACGCCCUUGUUAAACACUUUUUUAACUCGUUCCCUUGUAGCCAGAUUUUCAUGUUUUGUUUUGUGUGUUUUUUUUUUUUUUUCCUUUUUCUUAAGAAAAAGCCGCUGACUUCAUUCUUUCAUUAGUAAGUUGCUCCAAAUGUAUCACACACUCAGACAGCCAUUGUAGCCGGAUUUCGCGUAAACAGGAGGUUUGUUUCUUUUCUAAGUAAAAGGGAAAUGUGCCACACACACACACACACACAGACACAGACACACACUGAAAACACAUCGUGUAGAGAUUAGAAUAGAGUAAAUAAACCUGAUGAUUUCCUUUAAUGUAGUAAAUAUUUUAUUAUUUCUAACACUCCAGUUUUUGUUUUAUUAAUAAUAAAUUUCCUCCUCUUCCAUCCAUGAAAUCAUCGUGUUCCCGAUCCUCGCAUAUGAUCCUGAGCACAUUGUUCAGAUCGUGGAUAUGACACACACACACACACCCACACACUCCAGAUGGAUGUGAUUUCUCUAUAAGUUGGACAUCUUCCUGGAUUCAGAAUGUGUUUAAUGCCAUCAGUGUGUGCCUCAGACUCCUCUAACGCGGGAUGUGUUUGAAUAUUUCUUACAUAUCGAGGAAAAAAAAAGGCUUAUUUGGUAAAGAAUGUUAAAUUAUUGAUUGAUAUUUGGUUGCACUCGACCAGAGAAAAUGUUUAAAAUGUACAGAAAUUUAAGGAAAAUCUUCAGUCUCUUUACAGUAUUUAACCUGCAUCCGGUUUCCACAUUAACGUAAAUGAGGAAUUGUAGUUGUAAUUGUAAAGCUGAGCUCAGUAGGGCGGCGCUCGGCUCAGCUAAUGUUAGCUAGUUACCUGUAUAAAAAGAAAAACAACCUGAAAUGACGCGAAUAACUUACCUGAGCACCGUGUCCUUUAUCGCGUGCGGUAAACUCGGACCAAACAGCCGAUCUGUCUGUAAUAUUCCUAGUGAUUUACUUGACAAACGUGUAUUCAAUAAACAUUUUCAGUCUCCAAA